UUUAUUAGCGACGUACUGAACCUUCAAGCUCGAAAAGUACAAAUUACACAUUUUAACAUUUGUCUGCUGUAAUUUAGCCAAAAGAAAUGGGAGAACAGCCAGUGAGAGUCCUGGCAUGUGGGGAUGUUGAAGGCAGACUGAACGCUCUGUUCAACCGAGUCCAGACCAUCCAGAAGAAGACCGGACAGUUUGACCUGCUGCUGUGUGUCGGAGAGUUUUUUGGAACGACGCCGGAGGCCGAAGCCGAGUGGCAGCAGUACAAGACUGGAGCCAAGAAAGCUCCCAUCCACACGUACAUCCUCGGAGCAGCGAGCCAGGACACGGCGAAGAAUUUCUCCAGCGCUGACGGCUGCGAGCUGGCUGAAAACAUCACGUACCUGGGUCGGCGAGGCGUGUUCACGGGCGUGUCAGGCUUACAGAUCGCCUACGUCAGCGGUCGGGAGGCCCUGCAGGAGCCGGCCCCGGCUCACUGCUUCACGUCCAAAGAUCUGUCGGCCCUCGUCGCCCCGCUGACCAGCAGCUCCAAGUUCAGAGGAGUGGACAUCCUGCUGACGUCACAGUGGCCUCGAGGAGUGUGGAACUACGGAAACAACCCGGAAGUGAACACAAAGUUCUGCGGGAGCGGCGCCGUCGCCAACCUUGCAGACAAACUGAAGCCGCGCUACCACUUCGCAGCACUAGAGGGCGCUCACUACGAGAGACUUCCAUACAGGAAUCAUGUUAUUCUCCAGGAGAACGCUCAGCACGUCAGCCGCUUCAUCGCCUUGGCAACCGUCAACAACCCCGCAAAGAAGAAGUAUCUGUACGCCUUCAACAUCAUCCCCAUGAAGACCAUGGAUCCAUCCGAGCUGGUGAAGCAGCCGCAGGACGUGACGGAAAACCCCUACAGACGCUCUGGAAAAGACAAGACAGGCUUCGGCACCGCAGCCGAGGAGGAGCCGGCCAAUCAGUUCUUCUUUGACCUGAGCAAGAAGCAGGGAGGGGGUCCUCGGGGUCGCGGCAGGAAGAGACCUUCGGAUGGAGACCAGCAGUGGAGACGCUGGGAGGGAGACGGACGAGGCCGGGACCAGCAGCAGCAGGACGGAGACGGGCAUCAGCACAAACAACCUCGCAGGCACCCUCAGCCUCCUGGUCCCUGCUGGUUCUGUCUGGCCAGUCCUCAGGUGGAGAAACACCUCGUCAUCAGCAUCGGAUCACACUGUUACUUGGCUCUGGCUAAAGGCGGCCUGACGUCUCGCCACGUGCUGAUCCUCCCCAUCGGUCACUACCAGUCUGUGGUGGAGCUGAGCUCGGAGGUGGUGGAGGAGAUGGAGAAGUACAAGUCGGCCCUGAAGAGCUUCUACAAGAGCAAAGGAGAACGCUGCGUGCUGUUUGAGAGGAACUACAGGAGCCAACAUCUGCAGCUGCAGGUGGUUCCGGUGCCGUUGGACCGCUGCACCACGGAGGACAUCAAGGAGGCGUUCAUGGUUCAGGCUCAGGAGCAACAGAUGGAGCUGAUGGAGAUUCCUGAACACACCGACCUCAAACAGAUUGCUCCUCCUGGGACACCGUACUUCUACGUGGAGUUGGACUCGGGGGAGAAACUCUUCUACCGCAUCCAGAAACAUUUUCCUCUGCAGUUUGGACGGGAGGUUCUGGCCAGCGAGGCGUUACUGAACAUCCCGACUCGAGCGGACUGGAAGGAGUGUAAACAGACCCGAGAGGAAGAGGAGGAGUGCUGCACAAAGCUGAGAGACGAUUUCCAGCCGUUUGACUUCGCCUGGGACGACUGACGAGCACACACACACACACACACACACACACACACAUACACACACACAUACACACACACAUACACACAUACACACACACAUACAGGCAGGAUCGUUGUUGUUGAUGUAAUGAAUGCUGUUUUUUUGUUUUUUCAUCCCUAAAACAGUUUGGGAAGUACACUAAUUUGAUUUCUUUUCCAAAUGAAAGGAUUUGAAGCGUUACAUCAGUGUGUUUACAUGCAUUUGAGUAACCGUGUUAGUUGCUUUCUUAGUUGUCAUGGAAACGAGUAACCUGGUUAUUUAGCUGCAUGUAGACACACUGCUUGAUAUUAAACUGUUUGGAUUUUGGAUUUUUCAGGAUGUCACCUUGUGCUCUAAGAAAGUAUAACAGGCGUUUUUCUCUAUUUUCUGACAUUUUAUCGACAAAAAAUGUCGCAACAAUCCGUCACGUAAGCUCCCGUAAAAUGUCGAGUUUUUACACUUUUAGCGAUGAAGUGUAUUUCCCAAAAUGUGGAACUGUCUCCUUUUAAAAUGAGGUGCUGGUGUUUUAUACCAGUGUGUGUUUUUCUUGACUGAGAUCUUUGCAGCAAGUGGUCAUGAAAGUCUCCGUUUAAACGUUUCUGAUUCUACAAAAAAAUGACUUCAAAACAUACGAAUUUGGUUUCCUGUCGCUUUAUGUAACAAACUUGUCACUUUUCAGUCUUUUUGUUCAUCAAAGUGAAGUUGAAAUUCACGAGAAGCCUAAAACCUCACUGUUGGUUUUAAUUUUCAAAGUUUUUUUUAUAUUUUUCCUGCUCAAAAGUGAUCAUUACUUCCAGUAUUUAACAACAAGACGUCUCUGCAGAAAGUCUAAAAAGUGACAAAAUUGAUGGAUAAAUAAAGUUUAAAUCCACACAUACGGAGGCUUUAGAAAGACUUUUGAUAAGAACAGAAAAAAACACUGUAAACAGAUUUACUGUACAGCAGCUCAGAAACCUUUUCUAUACAUUUCUAUAGAGGUUUUUUUGUUUUCACCCCCUCCAGAGAAAGUUGUUUUCUAAAUGUUUUUGUAAAUGAACUACAAUUAAAUUCUUAUUUUGGG